AUUCAAAAAAGUUGUUUCUUAUUGUGUUGACAGAUUGGAGCAUUUUUGUGGGGCCCGGUUAUUUAUUGAUAUAAAUAAAUACUUUAUAGAUCCACAUCACAAUGGACGUUGAAACAGAACUUCCAAUAGAAACUGAUUUGAAUGAGGCAAGAAAAAAUGAAGAUAUAAAAAAACCAGUGGAUAUGGAAAAAUCCAAAGAGCGCAAAUCAAAUGUUAAACCAAAACGAAGCAGUCGAUCAAGGACUCCCCAAAAGAAAAUAGAAGAGUCGAAGGUUUUACAAAUUCCUUUAAAAAAAUUAGAUGGAGAACUUAAUGGACACGAAGAAAAGAUUCUCAAAGCUAUAGAAGAAAAACAAGAAGAUAACAAAUGUGAAGACGAAAAGGUAGAAACUAUAAAAGAAUUUUCAGAAACAAAUGGUUCAGUUCCUGAACUGAAUGAAACAGAUUCAGCUAACAAUACAUUAAAAGAAGAAACAGAUAAGCAAACAGAACAUAACGUCAGUGGAGCAAAUGAAAAAGUCCAAGAAAAUGGCAAAGAAGAACUAAAUGAAGAAAAUGUUCUCAAGGAUAAAGAAGUUGCAGAAAAUGAAGAAUCUCCUAAAAAGAAUGGUAAAGAAGAAUUGAAAACCUCGGAGCGAGAUUCAAUUGAAAUGGAACCACUGGUAGUGAGUGAUGAAGUUGAAUCUGAAUUGCAAUUUCUAGAAGAAAAUUCCGAUAAAGAAUCUGGAAAAGGUUCACCUAUUAUUCAUAGAUGUGCUACUAGACGGUCCUACACUCGCAAUAUUCCUACACCAAAAACACCAAAAUUAACUGAAGAUCCCGAUUCUGAAAAAAAUUAUCAAACUGAAGAAAAUGUAUGUUACUUGCCAAAUGAUAUACCAAAGACAGGAUCAAACGAGACUGAAGAUUCAUUAGGUAUUGCCAAUAUGUCCACAGCUGUAGAAGUGGGAAGUGAUACUACUCGUGUAACAUUCGCAGAAGCGAACGAUUCUAUUCCUCCUUUAGAUGAGUCUUACUUACAGCGACUUAGGGAAAGAGGUCUAACGGCAAGACGACCUCUACGUGCAACUGAGGAUUAUCGAACGAGGGUUUUAAGAAAUGCACAAUCUAGAUCCGAUCUAAACUUUUCCUACGAUUCAGUAGAGAAAGUGAACACAGGUAUCAAACGCAAAAGUCGCAGUACGACGCCGGAGGAAACUAAAAAAUUUAAAUCGGAAUCUCCUGGUUAUAGAAACUUCUUCAGUAGCCCUAUCACCAAUUUAAAGAAAAAAUUUCGACCCGACGAGAGGUCUAGCACGCCAGAGUUGUUAGGUUAUAAGGACGAAAAAAGAAAUAUACAUUUUAACGAUGAUUUUGAUGAUCACCAGAUACAGGAGACUGGAGAUGAUGAAAAGAAACAUUGGUGUUCAAUUAUGUAAUUAGUAAUGAAUCUGGUAGGAUAAGAUCUGAUUUUUAUGAUUUUUCUAUAAUCUAAUUUUUAUUGUUGGUGGUUUUAUCUGCGAGUCGAACAACUUAUAGAAAACUAAGUUGAAAUUAUUGUAAUGAAAGCGAUUAGGUUUCUUUACAAGGGAAAUGUUUUUAUUAUCAAUUGUAAUUCAGUAUUUUUCAAUUUUGAAAUUUUCGGCUUUCCCUUGUAUUCGAAAAUUGUUGAUAACUAUUUCAGUGGACUGUAUUUAAGGUUUAAAAAUAUUGUUUGUUAAUUUUUAUAUUUGAUUAUUGGAGACGGGAGACAUGAAAACACCACUAAAUUUUGUGUACUUUACAACCACUCUUUUGUCUAUGUUAUUUUUGGUCUUUCACUGUAACAUUCAUAUUUUGAAACCUUUUAUAAGGGUGGUUAAAAUGUAAACAGGGAUUUUUGUAUAAAAAAUUUCAUUAUUAAGUUAUAGAGUUGAUUUUUUUCACAGUUCUUCUGUCACACUUUACAUAAUUUUGCCACCUCUUCGGAAGCUUUUGGUUGCUUUUUUCGUAAAAAUAUCUACUUGUCAGGUAACCAUUCGCGCACGAAGGAUUCUACAUUCGCAUCGCUUUCGAAUCACAGUCAGCCAAAUAAAUAACCUAAUGGCGACAAAUCGGAAUUAUAAGAAGGGUACUACGAGCUCACAACUCAAUUCGCGGAGACACGUAAAUUUCCCAGAGUGUGAAUUUCUGCUCGAUAUUCAGAAGUCUUGGUUUGGAAAUUUUGCGGUUCAUGAAUUAUUUGCCAAUUAUUUUACCAUAUCGCGUACAGUACUGCGUUUUGGCUUUUCAAAAUGAAGUCCACAUAGGUAACUCUUGUUCUGGGGCGCCGCGCAUGUGGCAAGUUUGCCAUCACUUCUAGGUCUUUUUGGAGGCACUCAUCCUCGAAUUGUUAGAUCGAUAAAUUUCCGCGGAUUCAACAUUAUCUUUGACCAAAAAACGAAUAAUGAUGUGGGUACAACCUUCUCGCUACGUUUUGUAAUAGACCAGUCUAACAUCCAGUGCAGCCACUUUGACGAUACUGAAUUUUCCAAGUGUUUAAUCCAAAAAUUCGUAACCUAACCAAACCUAACCUAACCAGUGCAACCACUUUGACGACUCUAAAUUUUUCAAGUGUUUAAUCAAAAAUUCCAGUUUAUAUUUGAACCAACCUCGUAUUUAGUUAUAAAUCUAAAUAGUUUUAUAUUUUCAGGUAGAUCAUCUAGACAAGAUUACUAUUACCUUUCAGUUAAGACUUGCGUUACAUAUAGAGAUAAUUUAACUGUCAAUUCGACCUACAUGUAUUUUUUAUUACUCUUUUAUCACUGUUUAUUAAAUCGAUUUAUUUAAAUACUUAAUUGUUAAAUGACAAGAUAUUUUUUUUGGUUUUAGACAGAGAUGGGAAAAUACUUUUUGAGUAUUAGUUUAUAUUUUUAAAUUCUUUUAUGUCUUAGUGUCAAACAAAACAUUUUUUUUAACCAAAAAUACAUUUCAAUGAUUUUGGAAUCACUGCAAUAACUCAUCGUAAACUACUAUUCAGAUAGGACUCAAAUAUUUUCCUCUAACAAACAGAUUUAGUGCUCAAACGGUUUGGUUGAUUUGUUGAAACAUUUUAAUCUAGUAUACAUAAUAUACAUAAUAUAGUAUACAUAAAAAAACCCAAACUUAGAAAAAAAUAGAUGAAAUAUUCUUUCAACUUUGAAAUUCCGGUGCUUAUAAAAUUAACGUUGAUGUCGAUGCGGGCUCCCUUAACCCAUGAGAGCCCGAAUAUUUUUUUUACUUUCUGUCAACUUUCAUCCAUCAACUGCCAACCUUUAUUUUUUUUAAUAUUUCAUUUUUUCUCAACAUCGCCAUGCAAAAAUAAAAAAUCAAUAAAUAUAAUAUGUUUUUAUUAUCGGUUUUUAAAAUAAACACCGAUUUUCCAAAAAAGUCCCAUUUGGGAACCAUGGCAGGUACAAGAAUGGAAUAAUAAGAGUAUUGAUGGAAAUAAAUUUUUCAAAAAAAUAGUUAAUACAAAGGUUUAAAAAAUUCUUUAAAAUGUUAUAGAAUCGAAGAAUAAAAAAUCAAUACUAAUGUAAUAUAAAAAUCAUUUAUGCAGUUUUUGCAUAAAAUCCACAUGUAUUCCAACAUUACACUUUUGGCACUGUUUUCUUGCCUUUUUUCUUCAUUUUCUUUGUUUGCCCCUUUGUACAUGGGCAUGACUUUCUGCGUUGCAUUUAUAACACUUUUCUCAACCUCUUCCCAUUGCUCAUUAUUAGUAUCUUUUUCUUUACUCUUUUUUAGUAGCUUUUCUAUUUGUUUUCUGUAUUCUUCCUUACUCAUUUUCAGCUCUGCAUCCAUGAAUUGGAUGGAUCCUUGAAAAUUGUAAAAAUACAAGAAAAAACCUUCGUGUUUUAUAACCUAGGUAAUGCAAUUCCGACUCGAGAUAGUAAAUUCGAGAUCCCGCGGGAAAGAAAAAAAAAUCUUUGUAUUCUUCAACUAAAUAAUUAAGUAAGAGUUUUUUUUUAAUAGAAUAGAAAUUAUUUAUUCAGUACUGCGCGCACAGGUCACAGAUACAAAUUCACAUAAUCAAAACAAAAAGGAGAUCAGUAAAUAGUUACAGUUAUGAGUGAUUUUGAAAAUAACUUCUUAAAAAUCAAAGUGUAUCAAGACCAGAAUCUGCUAAACGGCAUCGUAUGUCCUUUGUAAUGUACCCAGCUGCUGAGAAAGCCCUCUCUGACUCAAGACUGGUUAGCAACAGCGUGAUUAAGCAAUUAUAUGCAAACUGCAAAAAUCUCCCGUUUGUUCCUCAACACUCAAAUAAAUCCAUUAAUUUUUUUAUGACCCCUUCUAAAUUAUCCAAACUCGUAGAUUAUGUGUAACAGGACUUUUAGACGCUCUCAGAGUUUCUUUUAAUUCCUUUUGAAGUGAUGCUGAUGAUGUAUUAGCUUGCGUAGCAGUAGCUGCAAUCAUAGAAACAGGCAAGUCACCUUUGUUUAAUAAUACUGUCUUAUUAAUCUCUGCUUGGUCUGGUUCUUUACGAUACAACCGUGUGAAUAUAUUUUCAAUUUCUUUCCUUAUGAGAUAUUUGCUUGUCUCUUCAUUGCUCAAAGUCAUCUUGAUAAUUAUUCGGAUUUUUCAAAUAUAAAAGCGUUGCAGUUGCUUUUAUGAGACGCUCGGAGAUACGAUUGUUCAUCGAAGAGACCAACUUUUAUGAGAGAGGAGAUUUUAGGUCUUCUAUCUUUCGAAUCAUAAAACGAAAUGUAUGUUCUGCACUUACUAAAUCAGUAUCUCGAAAGCAUAGUACCUCAACAGCUGAUUCCACUGGCUGAAAUGUAUUUUCCAAAUCGAUAAGGACAGCGUUUUCUUCAUCCGCGAAGAGAUCAGGAUUGCAUUCCCCCCUAUUAUAACCUCGACACCUUUCUCGUUUUCAUGAAUCAUGUGCGAAUGACAGCUGCGCGUGGGGGUAGUCGCGUAUGCGGUCCACACAAAUUACAAGUAACAUUAUUUUUAUUGGUCUUUUUAACUCGACAUUAGACAGGUCAAAAAUAGUUACGAGUUGUGACACGAGGGGUGUAGCAAACCCCAAAUUGAUUCGGUCAGCGAUGACUUCCUGAUAUCAAUUUUGGAGUAAUUUUAGUGCUUUUCUGGGCCCUAUUAGUAGGUAAUAUUAAAAUAUUAUUUUUUGUUUUUAUUGGAUAUUGCACGAAAGUGGAUUCUUUUAGAGUAAAAAAUGAGAUGUUUUGAAAAUUUUUCAAUAAACAUACUAAACAAAUCGAAACAGAGUGUUAGAAAUAAAACUACAGGCUUUAAAACAAAAAAAAAACCGAAUGAAAUUCUCGCUAGUAACAAAAAAGUUUUAGUGUGUUCCAUUAGUACAAUUUUUUCAAUAGAUGACUGCAUGCUCGAGGCAUAAAAACACGGAACACGCUUCACAAACAUAUCUAGUUUUUCUAUCACGUGAACGUGGGCAUUCAGAGCAUCUUCCCUGUUGAUUAGGCCUUGUCUUUUUGGUAGGUGGCUCCGGAUUUUUAGCCAAAAUUUUUCUGAUACUGCCGCGUAAAUCGAGAAUAAGCCUGGGGUUAGACAGCAUUUGUCUCUGAUGGUCUUUGAUUAAUUCCAUACCUAAUGUUUUUAAAAAUAUUCUUCUUGGGAUUUUUUGUCCAUUGUUAUUUUUAGUGUAUAAUUAUGCUGUUAAUUCCCGCAAUAUUCACUAAUGAAAAAAAAACUUGUUGUUAAUGAAAAUAAGAUUUCGACAAUUCGUCCACGACAUCCACUCCACAUUUAUUUAAAUUAUAAAAAGAGAUUAUUUCUUUUCAGAAUUAUUGUUUACUGAAUCGUCAUGAUGAAGUGAUGAUAUUAGUAACACAACCUUGUCCUUUUUAGGGACAUACGAAACAAUAGUGUAAGAAACCAAAUGUACUGGAGUGUAUUUCUCUGUCUUUUACUUGCACGAACUGGGCUGGCAGAUCUGACUUAUUUUUUCUUAUGGUUCCUGCAGCAGUUAACUUGUGACGUUCACGUAGAUUGACCAAGAGAUCAUAACUGGUGUACCAAUUAUCGAACGUGAUGUUCCUGACACUGGAGUAACCAGUCGAUCUACUAUAUCUCUCGGACUUUUGCUUAUAUUGAAGGGGCCAUCAAGUUGCUUCUCUACAUAAACCUCCAUCUUCAAAACAUAGUAUGUGCGCGCAUCCAUCAGGGUAUGUACUUUGAUGCCAUAUUUUGUCGGCUUGUUUGGCAUAUACUGUCGGAAGGAGCACUUAUGGCGAAAUGAUUCUAAUUCUUCGUCAACAGUUAGAUACUCAGAAGGUGAAUAAGCAGCCUGACAGUUUUCGACAAAAGGGCAAAAAACAUUGAAGCGGAGAUUUGGUAUUACUUCCAUAUUGUUUAACUCCUGGCAGGUGGGUAAUAAUAUUUUCGGACCUGGUUCUUACGUUAUAUUUCUUACACCAUGUCAUUAUAUUUUUUCCAUAAAAAUUAUGGAUUUCAACCGGGUCUGCGAUAUUUUGUUGGCCGUCCAUCUCCUGCAUUUCUGGGUUUUCUUCUUCGGCAUCUUGUUCUAAAUCAGGGUAAUCAUCACUACACACACUGACAUUGUCUAUUUCGUCGUCUUCUUCGGAAUCAUCCUCAUCAAUAAAGUUUUCGUAAUUUUCUGCAUUUUGCCAUAGUUUUUGGAGACGUCUCUGCUCUUCUUCGUAAUCUCCCAUCAAUACACGAGCUAAUACAAGCGAUAAUUCACAAAUAAUAACCAUAGUUGAUAAAAAUAAAGAACCUAUCUGUAGAAACGAUGUCAUAAAAAUAAAACAAAUCUGCUCAAAAAAAGUUCCUAGUUUAGACAGAUGGGGAGUGAGAAACCCCAAGCAGCUUUGAAACGGUCCUAUUCGCACUGUGUCUACGCUGGAACUAUGCUUUCAAUAACCACGUGUAGAUGAAUACUUAGUUACUGAGGCGCUGGCGUCGUUUGGCGGUCAAUUUGAAUAUUUUUUCUGCAUUCUCCAAUUAGUUUGUCAUACCCCACCUGUCUAAUGCCGAGUUAAAAAAAUUCCACACAGCAUUACUGCUGAACGACGACAUGAUUCACGCCGUGAAACACAUAUUCCGAAUAAGAGAAAAGUAAACAAGUCGUGAGAUUAAAGUUAUAGAAGUACCGAGUCGCUCGAAAAAUGACGGACAACUCCUAUAUGCACAUAAAUAUGCAACGUAAACAAAACUUAUUACUCAACAGACAGAAUCAAUACAGUUAAUUUUCGUUCCUAUCUUUUACGGUUACCAGCGUUCCUACAGUCCGCAGUUCCUUAUUUUAUGAAUAAUCCUCGUAUUUUUUAUAUUUUUUUUGAGAAUAUCAUUCUGUCUUAUAACCUAAAGACGUGACAUGAAGAUUUUUGAUCUUGGAACUCUUGAAAUAGUACAGUGUAGUAUCUAGGACAUUUCUAAAUCAGAAUUAAGGUUCUUCUAAUUCAUAUUCAGUGCAUAUCCUGCUUUACUGUUUCCGGUACACAUCGGAAUAAAAUUUUCUUGGCUUUCAACAAUAAUGAAUUUGUGAAAUUAUAUUAAAAAAAUCCAUAAUUAACAUCAUAUUGUUCAUUUUUUAAUGUCUGAAGUUAAAUAUUGAAUGAAACUAAAUAUUGAAAUGUACAUAAAUAUGAAUCUACAAAAUUUUAUCACUAGAGAAGUUUUCAUAAUGUAAAUGCGUAACUUGUUUUUUUUAUUCAUACAGGUUGAUUCCAGUUAAUGUCGAAAUGUUUUGUUUAUUUCCCUUUAUUAUUUUUUACCUGCCAAUGAUUUUCCCGUCAUAUUUUGAUAUGUAGAAUCAGUUUAUACUCUUUUCUUGUUAUAAAUGUAGAUUUGUUUUAAAGUCUGUAUAUGUUUAAUCAUAAUAUAAUGACUUUAUAAGUA